AGUUGAGGUUGAGCCGCUGUGCGUUGAGGUCUCCGAGGCUACUACGAUUCCUUCCCGCCUUGUCAGUUUCCAGAUCAAACAGGAUGACAAGCGGCCCGCAAAUACUGACGGCGGCUAUGGCUGUGGUGGUAUUGAGGCUUCCCAUCACACAGGCUUUCAGUGCCUUCCAGAACCCUUCCAGUCGCUUCUUGGACACCCCAAUCCUUUUCCAGGACAACGAUCACCUCCAGGAACCUCUCGAAGACUCCGAUUCGUUCUUGAGCUUGACUAAGAUCUUCUCGCAGAAUGAUAGAGAUGAAAACAAUGAACCACAAGUAAACAUAAACAAUGGCGAGAAAGAUUCAGUCACGAGCGCAGCUGCGACAACUUCGACUCCAAAAGCAACGUUUAACAUCGAUACAUUUACCUUCAAUGAGAAUAAUCAACGAAAGACAGGUGAUAUUUUCAGUUUGCUGGCAGAUGUGGAGAAUACAAAGCCCGCCCAAACCGACAGAGAUAGUCAGACUGAACAACGGGUUACAUCGUCGGGCGCUGAUGAAGUCGGGCCAACAACCACGAAUCUCCCGGAAGCCAGUGUUGCCAAUAUCCUGGGGAAGAAUAUACUCCUGGCCACUAAGGACAUGGAGGAUCUCUUGUCACUGGAUCAGAGGAUGAAGAAAACACUAGAGCCAAGAACACAACCAACAGAUCCCUCCUCCUCGUCUCACCUUAUAAAUGAAUCCAUGACCACCAGUCACAACAUAUCUACAGUGGGUAGAGAGAAAAACUAUUCUUUUUUCAUCUCUUUCCCCUCCUCCUCCUCCUCCUCCUCCUCCUCCCCCACCUCUUCCUCCACCUUCUACUCAUCUUCCACCUCAUCUUCCUCCCCAUCUUCCAAUGCGCAACGAAUCUCUCCCUCCAACAGUCGCCUUACUUCCUCCUUCACCUCCUCCCCCACCUCCUCCUCCUCUCCCACCACCAAUAGGAAACAAAUCUCCUCCUCCAAUAAUAGGCGUCAGUCCACCUCUCCCUCCAAAACGCGCCUAACCUCUUCUUCCAACAACCGCCGUACCUCCUCCAAUAUGCGCCGAGCCCCCUCCUCCUCCCCUAUCACGCAUCAGUCCUCCUCCUCCUUCUCUCCCUCCUCCAAUACGAGCCGAACCACCUCCUCCUCCUUCUCUCCCUCCUCCAAUACGAGCAUUUCUUCCUUCUCCUCCUUCUCCCUCCUCCAAUACUAG